AGACCUGUGAGUUUGCUGCUGUCGUUACUAUUGAAGAGUUUGCAACUUGGCGGCCCCAGGAUUGGAUGAGGCCUGCAGCUAUGCUGUGUUUGGGAGGGUUUUCCAUGUUGAAAGCUUGAGUUCUGGCUUCCGUGGGAAGGUGGGAAGAUCUGGAAACACCGGGCCCCAAUCGACACUGCAGUAAUCAGCAGAAGCGGACUCAGCUGCCCCCAGUCUAGACGGGCCUGCGGUGCACUUUCUCACAGGGGUCUUUCCGUCAUUCAUUGUCAUGCCCUCUCUGGUCCUUAUGGACAUUUGAGUUUGCGACCUCUGUAUUACUGGGUGGAGACGGCGUAAAGACCAAGGCUCUGGAGCUUACGGCCCGUCGCAGUGGACACGUUCGCAGACAAUCCAGAGAGGAAAGCGGCGCGCAGUCGCCUCUUCCCUGGGGCAUCACGGAGACUAGGGAUGCUGCGGGCGCGGCGAAAGGACAGUGACGGGAGAGGGCAUAGCUGCGGCAAAGGACCCGUGGGCUCCGGGACUGGCGCCAGGCUAGAGAGCAGGCCUCUCGUCUGGGAGCUCCGCCUGGAGCCGCAGCUCGCCUCUCCGGGAGGUCAGUGCGUCAGACUCAGUUUCUUGGGCUGUCCCAAAGACGGAACCUGGGGCUUCAGAACUAAAGGCAGCAGCGCCUUGCUUCGCGGUCGGACGGCCUUCCAGAGCACCGUCCCGGGCCGGAAGUCGCCCAGCCGCCGCUUCCUCACGCGAAGGCGUGGUGCGGGGUUGGCGGUCCGGCCGGAUGGGCAGUUGAGGAGGAAGCGGAGCAGCCGCGGGGACUUUCUUUCAGGCGGCGAGGCCGCGGAGGGCGCGGGGUGGAGGGUACGAGCGCGCGGAAAGGAAUGAAGAACGCACCUGGCAGCUGAGGAUCGUGGCCGUUUCUAGAGGCGCCUGAGCCGCGUGCGCAGGCGUGGAGCGUCCGGGCGGGGGCGGGCCCUUAAAGGGGCCGCAGCGGAGGAUCCGGGAGUCCGCGGAGAACCCGGGGUACCCAGGGGUGGGGGUGGCCGAGGAUCGUGCGGUUGCACGGAUCCCCUCAAUAUCCCUGCCCCGGGUGGUGACCAGGCCCCGAGUAGAGCCGCCCUCGGAACCCAGUCUGUGGGCCGGCCCUGUGAUCAAUCCCCAGUUUAAGCGCGUCUCCCCGUCUCCAGCCCGCGGCGCUAUGGCUCACGUCGGCUCUCGCAAGCGCUCGAGGAGUCGCAGCCGGUCCCGGGGGCGAGGGUCGGAAAAGAAAAGGAAGAAGAGCAGUAAGGACGCCCCGCGAAGCUGCUCGGCUUCUAGAUCCCGAAGCCGCAAGGCCAGCACCACCUCCUCUGGGGCGGAGGAGAGAAGCAAACACAAGGCCCGGAGGAGACCACGAUCCAGCCCCUCCUCCUCUCCUUCCAGUUCUUCCAGCUGCUCUUCCUCCAGCGAUGGCCGGAAGAAGCGGAGGAAGCACAAGGACAAGAAGAGGAAGAAAAAGAAGAAAAGGAAGAAGAAGCUGAAGAAGAGGGACAAGGAUAAGGCCAAGGUGCAGCAGACCGAGGCUCUGCCCGGACCCUCGCUGGACCAGUGGCACAGAGCAGCCGAGGAGGACGAGGACGGCCCAGUCCUGACGGACGAGCAGAAGUCCCGCAUCCAGGCCAUGAAGCCCAUGACCAAGGAAGAGUGGGAUGCCCGGCAGAGCGUCAUCCGCAAGGUGGUGGACCCGGAGACAGGACGCACCAGGCUCAUUAAGGGAGACGGUGAGGUCUUAGAGGAAAUCGUAACCAAGGAACGACACAGAGAGAUCAACAAGGUGGGUGUCGCCCCCUUGCCCAGGCCCACCCCCAGCUCUGCUUCUGAUGUGUCCCCUCCUGUGUGCUUUCUUCCCCAGCAAGCCACCCGAGGGGAUGGUCUGGCCUUCCAGAUGCGAGCAGGGCUGCUGCCCUGAGGGCCCCACUGGCCAAGGCCUGCCCACAGUGUUGGUGGCACAGCCUGAAGGCUGGCCUCAGGGUGGGGAGCAGGGAGCCCGAUGGACGCUGCUUGUCUCUCUCCUGCAGACCGGCCUCUGGCCCAGCCUCCUGUCACAUGCAGGGGGUGGAGGGCAGGGUCACUGGCCUAACUGGCUCCCCUAACUCCUGAAAGAGUGCAGCUUCCCAGAUAUUAAACGUACCCUGGUUGGAGA